AUGUUACUUGGUGAUACAUGUACAAGAGGUUGCAGAUUUUGUUCCGUUAAGACAAAUAGGACACCAGCUAAACCAGAUCCACUGGAACCUAUGAAUACAGCAGAAGCAAUUUCAAGAUGGGGUUUGGGCUAUGUCGUAUUAACUACUGUUGACAGAGAUGACUUGAUUGAUGGUGGUGCAAAGCAUUUAGCAGAAACUGUAAGACUGAUAAAGGAAAAAUCACCAGUGACAUUCGUCGAGACUCUUUCCGGUGAUUUCAGAGGUGAUUUAGAAAUGGUUGAUAUUAUGGCCAAUAGUGGGCUUGACGUCUAUGCUCAUAAUUUGGAAACUGUAGAAGAGUUGACUCCUCAUGUUAGAGAUAGAAGAGCUACUUAUAGACAAUCGUUAAAUGUUUUAGAAAGAGCUAAAAAGGUUAGUCCGGAUGUUUUAACAAAAACUUCGAUAAUGUUAGGCUUAGGUGAAACAGACGAUCAAGUUAUUCAGACAUUAAAGGACCUUCGUGAGAUAAAUUGUGAUAUAGUUACUUUUGGACAAUAUAUGAGACCUACUCGAAGACAUAUGAAAGUUGUAGAAUAUGUAAGACCAGAAAAAUUCAAUUACUGGAAGGAGAAAGCUUUGGAAAUGGGAUUUUUAUACUGUGCUUCAGGGCCACUUGUUAGAUCUUCAUAUAAAGCUGGUGAAUCAUUUAUCGAAAAUGUCUUGAAAAAAAGAAGACAAUAG